AUGGCCGGAUCGGACGCCGAUAUUAAGAAAGAGCGGCGUUCCCCCUCACAAUCCUCGGACCGGAGCCGCAAUCGACGAGACCACCGCGACGACCACCGCUCACGUCGGCGUGACGAUGACCGUCGAAGCUCUCGCCGGGAUAGCCCGCGACGUCGAUCUUCUCGCAGCCCAUCUGGAAGGGAAAGUGGACGAAGAGACCGACACCGAGACCGACGACCUCGAGAGCGCAGAGAGCGAUCUACAAGCUCUGCAGACGAGGGUCGCCGAAGACGCAGACACCGCAGCCACCGCAGCCACCCACACGGUGACGACCGUGAUCGGGAUGGUGAACGGUCAUCAAGAAGGCAUCGGAGCCCACGACGACGAUCUCGCUCCCCUAAACGAUCACCGAGCCCCAAGGCAUUAGAGCGGCGCGGUCCACUUCCUUCACAAAACGAUGCAUUCUCAAAUGAGGUGACGCAGACAUCUGAUGCGCCUCCCCCGGAAAAGGAAAAGGCCAACUUCAAAAACACCGGCCGACUCGCUGCUGAAAGCAAUACUAUUCAAACCGACGAUGGUCAGGGAAUUGUGCUAAAGUACCAUGAGCCUCCGGAGGCGCGCAAACCGCCAGCGAAAGAAGCCUGGCGAAUGUAUGUUUUUAAAGGAGAAGAACUGCUAGAGAUGGUCGAGUUGGGUGAACGCAGCUGCUGGCUGGUCGGCCGCGAGCGCCUGGUUGUCGAUUUCCCGCUUGAUCACCCCAGCUGCUCGAAACAACAUGCCGCUAUCCAGUUUCGCUUCGUGGAGAAGCGCAAUGAAUACGGCGACCGAAUUGGCAAGGUCAAGCCCUACCUGAUUGACCUGGAAAGUGCCAAUGGCUCUACGGUCAAUGGCCAAGCUGCUCCGGCAGGCCGCUAUAUGGAGGUAAUGGACAAGGAUGUGAUCCGGUUUGGAUUGAGCUCUCGCGAGUACGUUCUCAUGCUGCCGACCUGA